CACAGCUUCACAAUCGCAUACUCGCAGCAAAUUACUUCUCCCACCGAACUUACAAUUCAUCUACAGCUGGAGAUUGAAGUACUGUGCGAUCGCAAUAUGGCACCAUCUACUGCGCUUACCACGAAAGUGGAGGGCGAUCCCCCAUACCAAUUGAACAGCGAACAGACACUCAAAGCCUCAAAAGCUCUCUUAUCACACAUCCAAUCCUCUGCCGCCGAGCUCACAAAGUCAUCUGGAAAACAAAGUCUCCUCCCCACAGAAGACGAUGACGAAGAAGCAGACGACAGCCUCUCCACCCCCAUCUGGCUCACCCUCACAACCAAAAAACACAUCACCGACACCAAACGCCUAAAACCAUCCCGAAUCACCGUCCCACACCCCCUCAACAGCAGCACCUCGACCACCAUCUGCCUAAUCGUCGCCGACCCCCAACGCACCUACAAAGACAUUGUCUCCUCGCCCGCCUUCCCGCCCGAGCUCGCGGCCCGCAUCACAAAAGUCGUCGGCCUCGACAAGAUCAAGAAGAAAUGGACCCAGUACGAAGCCCAGCGCAAGCUGAUGGCCGAGCACGACAUCUUCCUGGCGGACGACAGGAUCAUUGUUUCGCUGCCCAAGUUACUCGGCAAGACGUUCUACAAGUCUACUACUAAGCGACCAAUUCCGGUUAAUAUUGCCGCGCCGGCGCCGAAGACGGAUGGGAAGCGUAUUGCAAGGGCGAAGGGCGAUACGGAGACCCGCGGUGCGGGGACGGCGAAGCAGAUCGCGAGCGAGGUUGAGAAGGCGGUUUCAUGUGCGUUGGUGCAUUUAUCUCCUUCUACGAACACGGCGGUUCGAGUCGGCUACUCGAGCUGGAGCGCUGAGAAAUUGGCCGAGAAUAUCGAGGCUGUGACGAAGGAGGUGGUGGAUAAGUUUGUACCGAGACGUUGGAGAGGGGUGAGAGCUCUGCAUAUCAAGGGGCCCGAGACGGCGGCGCUCCCGAUUUGGUUGGCGGAUGAGUUGUGGGUUGAUGAGGGGGAUGUGUUGGGCGAGGAGGAGGUGAAGGCUAAGGCGGAGAAGGCGGCGAAUGUGGGGAAGAAGAGGAAGAGUGCGGUUUUGGAGGGUGUGGUUGGGAAGGAGGGGAAGAAGCUGAAGGAGAGUAAUGACGAUGCUCUUGAUAAGGAGAUUGCGUUGAGGAAAGAGAAGUUGAGGAAGCAGAAGGAGGAGGCUAGUAAAGAUGUCGAGGGCGAGGUUCCUAUUGCUUCGGUCAAGGUUUCGAAGAAGGGCAAGAAGAGCCAUGGUGUUGUGGCGUAG